UGCGCUUGUGUAUUUUUAUUUUUUGUAGGCGUAUCCCUCGCCGCAGUCAUGUGAACCCGAAGCCGGUCAGGAGCCCAAAUGGGUUCCAAUAAUGUGUCAGUUUGGGAUUCCCUCGCCGCAGUCAAGGUGUGGGUUGGGGUGAAUCCCUCGCCGCAGUCAUGUGAACCCGAAGCCGGUCAGGAGCCCAAAUGGGUUCCAAUAAUGUGUCAGUUUGGGAUUCCCUCGUCGCAGUCAAGAUGUGAAUCCCUCGCCGCAGUCAUGUGCACCCGAAGCCUGGUAGGAGCCCAAAUGGGUUCCAAUAAUAUGUCUGUGUGGAAUUCCCUCGCCGCAGUCAAAGUGUGGUUUGGAUGUGUCCCCCGCCGCAGUCGUGUGCACCUGGAGCCUGUAGGAGCCCAAAUGGGUUCCAAUGUGUCUGUGUGGAAUUCCCUCGCCGCAGUCAAAGUGUGGUUUGGGUGUAUCCCUCGCCGCAGUCGUGUGCACCCGAAGCCGGUCAGGAGUCCAAGCGUGGUUCAGACAAGUUCAUCCAUACGUGCAGAUUGAAGCCGUAGCCUCGCCCCUCUCCGCAGUUUCAACCAUCGGGAAUCGCAAGGAUGUUCCACCAAUUAGGCUGA